GAAAUACCAUUAAUAGUCCUGUGUGCUAACCAGGCUAAGGAAUCGUUAAAGUAAGAAAAAGGAAAAAGAUGGUAAUGAAACAGAUAUAUGAAAAUAUUCCUACCAUGUUCUUUGCUUUAGUUAUCUUUUGCUUUUUGUGUGUACAACCAAAUCUAUAUAGUGUUGUUGCUUUGGACCUACACGCUUUAACCUUUGAAAAAGUAUUCAGUGUUAAGUAUUUCAUUAAUCUGGUCCCCCAUGUCCAUUAUUUUCGGGUUUCUGACAAAUAAUUGUUACAGCGUCUUGUGUCAUCUCAUAAACCAUACAUGAUAACAUAAGUUUGUCAUGAAUCCGGGUCGAUGAAUGAUAUUUAAUAUUGUAAUAUGAUUUAGACUUUUUUUUCUGUUGUAGGAAGAGUAGAAUCCAUUAAGUUGUUGAUGUGGCCUGUGGGCCUUUGGGUACUAGUGCAUGUUUUUAUCAUUGUGUUGGAGUUGGCCCAUUCAUACUGUGGAAAACAAAUCUGAUGCCUUUAAGAACAAAUAUCAACAAAAAAACUAAAAUUAGAAAUUUGUCUCUUCUUUGAAGAGAUUUCUUGUUGAACUCUAAAUAAAGUUGCAAGAAUGUUAUUCCCAGUUAAUGAGUUUCCUUUUAUAGUAUAUAUGAUUAUGAAAUUUCACCUACAUUAUCUAAAAAAGAAGUUGAUUUAGGAUCCAGACUUCCAUAGCACACUUGUUUCCUAUGUUUGUCGAACUCUUCAUUUUGUCUCGAAGUACCCGAGUCAACACUCGACAUUCGAAUAUGAAUACUUGGACUCCGACACUUAUUUUAGGCCAGAAACACGUACAUUUUUCGAAAUAUUACCGAGUCCACAUGGACACGUAUCUAGCUGAGUCCGAGUAUAAGACUUUUGUCACUGACAUCGAUCACUAGGAAUGUAACAGAAAGGAUAUAUUUUAAUCGAGGUCUCGCCUUCUAGCUGACUGAUUUCAUGUUCUUGCUGAAGAUUUUAUGUUCUUAGCCGUGACAAGUAUAUACAAUGCAGAGGGCAACAAGAAUUAGUAGCGGUGAAGAAAGAAUUAGGAAGAAAUGAAGCAAGAGAUUGAUACAUUUUACAUACAUAUACCUUUCUUUACUUGUACUAGUUAGGGAAGUUUAGACCAUCAAGCUAAGUUAACUAACUGCCUUAGACUUUUACUUAUCCGUCGAUUAUCAGUUUUGUACUUCAUAUAACAAACAAAGCCUGUCACUUUUUGAUCGCCACCUCCAAGAACUCACUUGCACAGAAGAGAAAAAAGAGGAGUUCAUAAGAUUUAAAUGUGGCAAAAAGAAAAUUCCCAGAAAUCUUCUUUUAAAGAUUCUGUUAAGACACUCGAAUCUCAUAUACAACAUGCCAAUAACCUGGCUUUUGCUCUGCAACAAGACUAUGGCGGGGAUAGUCUCUACAUGAAGCUACAUUAUGGCUCUUUUGCUCCCCUUCUGCUGUUUCUCGUCGAAUGGAUGGACUAUAGUUGUACAGAUAGUGUUAUAAGUUAUCUAGGCCUUCUGCAGAUACUAAUUUACCAGGUAUAUGUUGAUGGGGUGCCAACAGAGUCCUCAAGAAAUAGAAUAGCUACUCUAAGGGAAUUCUAUGCUAUUAUAUAUCCUUCCCUGAAGCAACUUGAAGACGACGUAACUUUGUUAAAAGAAAAGAAGAAUGAUACUCAGUCAGUUGAGGUUUCUGUCGAUGAGAAGGAGAAACUUUCUGCUGAAGAUCCUUGGGGAGAUGAGGAAUGUGGAAUUUGCAUGGAAGCUUGUACAGAUGCUGUUUUGCCUAAUUGCGGACACUCUAUGUGCAUAACCUGUUUCGAGGACUGGAAUGCACGAUCUCAGUCGUGCCCUUUCUGUCGUGGCAAUCUAAAGAAGGUCGGCUCUGGAGAUCUUUGGUUUCUCAUGAACAGAAAUGAUGUUCUGGAUAUGGUCACUCUUGCAAAAGAGAACAUUCGACAUUUUUACCUGUACAUUGAAAACUUGCCACUUAUGGUUCCGGAUACCCAUUUAUUACUUUACGAAUAUCUGAUCUGACAUAGUUUUCAUGGAAACAGCAGAUAGGAAAACACACUAAGUCAAAAGUAUCUGAUGUUAACACAUGAUACUCUCAUUUAUCAUUGCAAAUUGGAGUCUCUUCAUGUCUAGUAGCUGCAUAGAAAGCAAUCAGACGUAAAUUUUAUUUAUUUGACGAAAGCAUAAAACUGAGGAGAUUCUCAGAACUUGUCCAGGGAAACCUUCAGUAUGUUGCUGCUGGUAUGAAGACCUUUACAGAUAUGACAGAGGUUUGUGAUGCACAGAUAGCAGAAGAAAUGCCUAUGCCAAUCAGCUCAGAUAUUUUUCGAACCUGAGUGUUGAAUUGAAAUGGCAAAUUCCAGAUAUCCCUGAUCCUUGUUUUCUAUGUAAAUAUUAAGUUUAAGAACAAUGACUGUAAACAUUAUAACAAUG